UCUGCCCACAGAGCAGUGGCGUCCUGCUGGAGGAGACAGCAAAGCGCACAUCCGUGGUAUGAUGUUGCUGUUAUUAAUUGUCGCGGGCCUCGGAGUGGUGACGCUGCUGGUGAUUUUAUUUGCACCGCACAUACGGUCUGGACUGUUGGUUGGACAAAACGAACAUUGUGAAGGUGUCACUUUGGGCUCCGGAAAAUAUGCAGCAGGCGGAGUGUGCCGGUCCCCCGUCAGCCUGGAGGGGAAGACGGUCCUCAUCACCGGGGCCAACACCGGGAUCGGGAAGGAGACCGCGCUGGAGCUGGCGGUGCGAGGGGCUCGGGUGAUCAUGGCGUGCCGAGAUGUGGACAAAGGAGAGGAGUCGGCGGCCAGUAUCCGAGCGGCGCUGCCUCACGCACAAGUGGAGGUUCGAGAGCUCGACCUGGCCGACACCUGCUCGAUACGAGCCUUCGCGCAGAAGUUCCUGGGAGAGGUCAACCAUCUUCACGUCCUCAUCAACAACGCCGGGGUGAUGAUGUGCCCCUACACAAAAACCAUUGAUGGCUUCGAGAUGCACAUCGGAGUCAAUCACUUAGGUCACUUCCUGUUGACGUCCCUCCUCAUCGGGCUGAUGAAGCGCAGUGCGCCGGCCCGCAUCGUGGUCGUCUCGUCUCUGGCUCACAACUUCGGCUGGAUCCGUUUCCAUGACCUUCACAGCCAGGGCAGCUACAACAGCGGAUUAGCGUACUGCCAGAGCAAACUGGCUAAUGUGCUGUUUGCCAGAGAGUUGGCACGUAGACUCAAAGGCACCAAUGUGACCGUGAACUCGGUCCACCCGGGGACGGUGAACUCUGACCUGACCAGACACUCGACUCUCAUGACGAUAUUUUUCACCGUAUUCUCCACGUUCCUAAAAACCCCGCGGGAAGGAGCACAGACCAGCAUCUACUGUGCUGUGGCCGACGAGCUGCACUCCAUCUCUGGGAAACACUUCAGUGACUGCGCCCCUGCCUUCGUCGCCCCACAGGGCAGAAGUGAGGAGACGGCGAGGAGACUGUGGGCCGUCAGCUGUGAGCUGCUCGGCAUCGAGUGGGACUGACUUCUAACUGCCGCCUCCUUCUCUCAUCAUCCCUCUCAUUAUGGUUUUGAUGUUCCGUACUUUGAGCGUUUCCUACCUAAUAAGCAGUCAGGUAAUACUGCGAGAGGUACUAUAAUGUGAAGUUGCUUUUUUGUGUAAUAAUGCAGUAAUUACAUUAUAAUAACUUGAGUAUUUUUGGUGCUUCAGCUCCUCAAACCAAAACCUCUCAACUGUAUUAUCAUGUAACCACAAAUGACCUUUUGACUCUAUAUUUUUGUGACACAAUGUGAAUACAGUGUAGGCAAAAAAGCAACUUGAUGUAUCGUAAUGCUGUAGGAUACUGUGAAGGGUCAAGCCAGGGUAAUCGACCAGCAUCUUUAUCAAAUAUCCCGUUUCUUUCUCCACAAUCUGCAGCUAAAUUGCUCGACUUUGGAGCCAGCCUUUCUAAACUCGUGCAGGGGUUCUUACAGUAUUUCCAGGUUGAUAAGAAUUUAGUAAACUGUCGAAGAUCAGCGUCAGUCUGAGCCACGAUUUACGCUUGAAUUGCAUAAAUGUAUUUUGUGAUAAUUGUAGUCGAUGUAGGGUAUAAGAAGGUUUUUCUAUUUGAACCAAAUCAGACUUAGAAUCAUGUCGUUGCAAUAUCUGCAGAGAACUUUUCCCAUUCGCCAAAAAACUGCACAUUCCUGGAGGAACUACAGUUUCACAUUUCUAAGGAUCUCCCCCGUCAUGUUUCCUUCUCAGCAUUCACAUGCAAGGUUGCCAAGAGUUUACAUUCUGUGUUUUAUACAAGUCAAACAUGCCUUUUACUACACGUUCAUGUUCAGAGUUGAAUGUUUACAUUUGAUGUAAAUAAACGGAGAUAUUACUAUAAAA